AUGCCUCCACUUUCACUGUCACUCAAGACAACAUUGAUCCCUUCUGCGCACAUGUCUCGAGUCAUCAGCUAUGCGAACGGCGUGCGCAAUGUUGCUUCGCCGCUCCGACGAUCUUCACUGCAUCCCUUCGCCAGACCGCUUUUUCGCCAGCUCAGCAACCGGCGGAACACCGACCACAACGAGCCCUCAGCCGCAACAAACAAGGCUGAGUCGCUGGCCAGUCGCAUCUGGUCGUCGCUAGACCAGCUGGGCGCGACGCGCAACGUCAAAAUCGCAAUCAUCGUUGCCCUAUCCAUAUUCAGCACCAUGGAGACCAUAUUCUAUGUCAAAGCUGCCAUGCGCUACUUCUCCCCUCCCAAAGACGAGAGCAAAUGCUUGGACUAA